AUGACAGAACUUGCUGUUGGUACUGAUGAAAACCCAUUAAUUAAAGAUUCAUUGGUCAGGGAAGUUUAUAAUAAGUCCAGAAAAUUUUCUGUUGGAGAAAAAAUUACAGACGAUGAAAUUGCUAAUUUUUGUUUAAUAAAUGGCGAGCAGUUUUUCAUUGGCCAUGAUUUUCAAGCAAAUUGUGAGACGAUGUUUUUUGGUUUUGAGAAGGCAAUUCAAUUUGCAAAAGAAGCCACAGAUUUAUUUUGCGAUGGAACUUUUAAAAUUACACCAAAACAUUUUCAAAAAGGACAGAUGCUAACAAUUAUGAUUUGUGAACCUUCAACAAAUCAAUAUCUACCACUUUUAUUUAUAUUCAUGAAAAACCGCACAUUUGAAUCUUAUAAGAAGGCAUUUGAAUAUAUUUUUACUGUCAAGGGUAUUCAAUUUUCAAAGCUAAUUCAAAUUCAUUGUGAUUUUGAAAAGGGAAUGAUAGAGGCACUUCAACAAAUUUUCCCUAAAGUCCGUAUAAUUGGAUGCCUAUUUCAUUUCAAACAAGCUUUACACAGGAAACUUGUAGCACUUUAUACAAAAAAUUUCAAUACUUUACAAAAUUCUUUAUUUAAGCUAUAUUCUAUUACUCCAUUCAUGUCUCAUGAAGAAUUUGUACUUACAAUGCAUAUAAUUAAUCAAAAUAAAGUUGAUUCGAUCAAAGAUUAUAUUGAUUAUUUCAACAAAGUUUGGUUGCCGCACUACAAUUUAAUAUCUCAAUAUAAUAAUGCAACUGCAAUAUUCACUAAUGAUUGCCUCGAGAGUAUGCAUUCAGAAUUUUCUUCGUUAAAACAUCCAAACAUUUAUGAAGCUAUUAAGAAGAUAUCUCAAAUCCAAUUAGAUAAAUAUAACGCCAUCAAAAAUAACCAGAAGAUCGAGCGCCAUAUAAAAACCGUUAUCACUGAUAGCUACAAAAAUUAUAUUCUUGACUGCUUUCAAAAAGAACUUGAGAAAACAAUUUUUUCUAUCAAACAAUACAACGUAAGUGAUCUUUCUUUGGCUCAGAACGAGAUUUCUCCAUAUGGUUCCAUAGAAUCGAGUUCAUUGUUCGAAAAUAUUCCAGUUCAUGAUGCAGAUAUACUCAAAUCGAUCGAUCUAACAGAUAAAGAUACAAUGAUCACUAAGUUUAUUAAUGAAAAAAGAGAAAAAAUUAUGGCAUUAUUUAAUGAAACAUUAAAUCAUCCAGAUUUUAAUUCAUCCACUCCAAUUCAA